CUCCCACCACCCUCACCCUCCAUCUUCCCCUCCCACCCUCUCUCUCUCUCCCUCUCUCUCUCUCUCUCGGUCAGUCGUUGCGGCAAUGGGAUCCCUCAAGAACGCGCUGCAGCUGACCCCCGAGGAGGACGAGGACGCGUGCAUGUACGCCAUGCAGCUGGCGAGCGCCUCCAUCCUGCCCAUGACGCUCAAGGCGGCCAUCGAGCUGGACCUGCUCGAGAUCCUCGUCAGGGCCGGCCCGGGCGCCCAGCUGAGCCCCGCCGACGUGGUGGCCCAGCUUCCCACCGAGAACCCUCAGGCUGCCGUGAUGGUGGACCGGAUGCUCCGCCUGCUGGCCGCCUACAACGUCGUCAGCUGCACCGUCGGCACCGACGCCGACGGGAAGCCAUCGAGGAAGUACGGCGCCGCGCCGGCGUGCAAGUACCUGACCAAGAACGAGGACGGGGUGUCCAUGGCUGCUCUGACCCUGAUGAACCAGGACAAGGUCCUCAUGGAGAGCUGGUACUACUUGAAGGACGCGGUGUUGGACGGCGGCAUCCCCUUCAACAAGGCGUACGGGAUGUCGGCGUUUGAGUACUACGGCGCGGACGCCCGGUUCAACAAGGUGUUCAACGAGGGCAUGAGGAAUCACUCUACCAUCCUCAGCAAGAAGCUGCUCAACAUCUACCGCGGCUUCGAGGGCGUCAAGGUGCUCGUGGACGUCGGCGGCGGCAUCGGCGCCACCCUCUACAUGAUUACCACCAAGCACCCGCACAUCAGGGGCAUCAACUUCGACCUCCCUCACGUCAUCUCCGAGGCGCCACCCUUCCCAGGGGUGGAACACGUCGGCGGAGACAUGUUCGCGAGCGUCCCAAGCGGAGAUGCAAUCUUCAUGAAGUGGAUUCUCCAUGACUGGAGCGACGAGCACUGCACCAAGAUCCUGAAGAACUGCUGCGAGGCGCUGCCGGAGAAGGGGAAGGUGAUAGUGGUGGAGUGCGUCCUGCCCGUGGUGCCGGAACCGACUCCCCGAGCUCAGGGCGUCUUCAACAUCGACCUCAUCAUGCUGGCGCACAACCCGGGAGGGAAAGAGAGGACGGAGAAGGAGUUCGAGGGGUUGGCCAAGGAGGCAGGCUUCUCCGGAUUCAAAGCGAGCUACAUCUUUGCCAACACCUGGGUCAUGGAGUUCACCAAGUAGACUGCGACUGCACACUGUGACAUCGCUUGCGUUUGCUUCGUUCGGAGAUCUCGUGUCCUUUUAUGUCUUGCGUGGAGUGUCAAUGAUAAGCGUUUACAUAACUUGUUGGAUUCCGUGGCCUCAGCCCGUUGACCA